AUGACUGGUAUCUAUGUUGUGGUGACGUAGUUGUGUAUGUACACAAAAGAGUUGUAAAAAUCGAUUAAAAAAUGCAUUCCAGUUUGGGACAUGUGUUUGGAAGUUACCCUGGGUGAUGUCCACCCGAACGUUAAGGUUAUGGUUGUCUUCAACUGAUUAUUAAGUCAACCAUGUCGGUAUUGUAAACCAUGACAUAGAUGAUAGAACGACGGAAUUGGUUUUACCUUCAUUCCAGGUCAUGGUUGAAAAGGAUUGCAAAACUGCACGUUAACAUAUGAAUAGAUUGUAAAUUGUAUUGGAAAUUAGUUUGAUUGUGGAAUUUUUAUAUUUGAAAAGGAUGAAUUUGAUUUAGUUUAUUGUGAUUAUUCUUGAAAUGUGUUUUCAUAAUAUUUUCACGUGUUGGCAAGGUAUAAGUAUAACCGGAAACUAGUGAUACUGUACUGAUAACAGUAUAACAAAAACAACAAAACGAUUUAUUCAGCACUAUAAGAGUCAGAAUGGGAAACUUUUUCGACAAGACUAACAAAUCUGGACCAAAGACACGCACUGUCACACCAAAUCAUACUCAACCACCUGACUUGGCCCCUAAUGCAAAGGGUCACCCAAAUAGGACAUUCAAAUCAAAUAGAAUUAGGACUACAAAGUACUCAAUAAUAACUUUUAUACCAAAGAAUUUGUUUGAACAGUUUCAUCGAUUCGCUAAUUUGUAUUUCAUAUUUGUGGUAUGUUUGAACUGGGUACCUCAAGUUGCGGCAUUUGGAAAAGAAAUAGCUAUGAUUCCAGUGAUAUUUGUUUUACUAGUGACUGCUAUUAAAGAUGCAUAUGAAGAUUUCAGGAGAUACAAGUCUGAUAAAUGUAUAAACCAUAAAACUUGUAGAGUCUACAAACAUCAUUCUAGGUCAGCUUGGGUACAUAAAUUCAGUGAUGGGGAUGAACGAUAUGUAAAAACAGAAUGGAAAGAUAUUUAUGCCGGAGAUAUUGUACAUUUAUCAUGUGAUGAAAUCAUACCAGCUGACAUAUUAUUAUUACACAGCAGUGAUCGAGCUGGUCUGUGUCAUGUAGAAACCAGUAAUUUAGACGGAGAGACAAAUCUGAAGCAAAGACAAGUAGUAGAAGGCAUUGAUUAUCAGGACAAAUUUAAACCAGAAAAGUUUUGCUAUGAAGUAGAAUGUGAUUUACCCAAUGCAGAAAUAUACAAAUUCACAGGUUAUAUUAAACAUGGACCAGAUAGAAAGAAAAAAGUACCAUUGAAUAAAGACAAUCUGUUACUGCGAGGAUGUACUAUCAGAAACACAGAUUUUAUAGAGGGAAUGGUUGUGUAUGGAGGUCAUGAAACGAAAGCAAUGUUGAAUAACAGAUCUCCACGAUAUAAGCGUAGCAAGUUAGAGAGACGUAUAAACCGUGAUGUUAUUUACUGUGUUGUUUUGUUAUUGCUGAUGUGUUUUCUUUCUGCAAUCAUGAGUGCAGUAUGGUUAGGAGCCUUUGAAGACAGUACCAUAGUCCCUUUUAUCCCGUUUGAGAGUGAGGAAUGGUACAAUCCGUAUUUCCAGGGAUUUGUUGUAUUUUUUACCUACAUUAUAUUAUUCCAGACUGUGAUUCCAUUAGCCUUAUAUGUGUCAAUAGAACUGGUCAAACUAGGACAAGUUUUCUUUAUUAACUAUGAUCUGGAUUUAUAUUACGAGAAAUGUGAUAAAAGAAUGGAGUGUCGAGCUUUAAACAUUACGGAAGAUCUCGGACAGAUUGAAUAUAUAUUCUCUGAUAAAACUGGGACAUUAACAGAGAAUGAGAUGGAAUUCAAAUCAUGUACAAUAUGGGGGACUGAUUAUCCACACGCUCCAGAAUUUGACGAGAAUAUAGACGACAGUGAAACAGACAGCAGAUAUUCUAUAGGAACUAAUAUUAGUAAAUCAAGCUCAACUAUGGAAAAUCUAAAAAUAGAGCCAGGAUUAUUCCGAGAAGUAAUGACAAUGAGUUUGCGGAGUUUGACUAAUGUAGAAGUAACUGUUGACAGCAGUGGUGGAAGAUCAACUAAUUAUAACGAGAUGGAAUAUCAGAAAAGUCAGAAAAUACAAGAUUUCUUCCUGCUGAUGGCCAUUUGUAAUACUGUUGUUGUAACAACUCAUGCUCAUGAAGAUUUGAUGGAUGAAAGUGGAAUUGUACAUUUAUCACCUGAAGAAGAAAAACAAGAAAAACGUUUAUCGAAGUUAAAUGGUAAACGAAAUGGCAAUGGGAAUAACCCACAUCUACCUCCUAUAAAUACUAUCAGUAAUACUGUAGACUUUUUGAAAAAACCAAUUCAUCCACCAAAACUAACAGAUUCUUGGUCUUUUGCCAAUGGUGGUAGCGGUGGCAGAGAAUCCCCACUUCGUACCCCAUCAGAAGGCAGUAUUGCUGGAUCUGUUUAUUCAGAUAUGGCUAAGAUUAGAUUUGAAGCUGAAAGUCCUGAUGAAUUGGCACUGGUCCGAGCUGCAGCUACAUAUGGAUGUUGUCUCAAAAAACGAUCUCAUGGAAAAGUUACCGUUCAUCUUCCAGGAGAAGGUGCCGAAGUAGAGUUUGAUUUAUUACAUAUCCUUUCGUUUGAUUCUACAAGGAAACGUAUGUCUGUGAUCGUCAAACAUCCAAUAACCAAAGAAAUCAUUCUAUUAACCAAAGGAGCAGAUUCACAAGUUCUCAGUGUUCUUGAUAAAAAAUAUAAAGAAAUAGAACCACAUAAAAAGGUUCUGGAAGAGACUGAAAAACACAUAUAUAACUAUGCCGUUCAAGGACUGCGUACCUUAGUCCUGGCAAAAAGAAUAUUGCAUAAAAAAGAAUACAAACGCUGGAAGAAAAAGUUCUUAGAAGCAGAAGCAGCAAUGCAAGAUCGGGAACAGAAAAUUAUGGACGUAGCCUGUGAUAUAGAGAAAGAUUUUGAAUUAUUAGGUGCAACUGGUAUAGAAGACAAGCUACAAGAUGGGGUACCAGAGACAAUAAAAAAGCUCAGGGAAGCAGGCAUUAAUGUCUGGGUUCUAACAGGAGAUAAACAGGAAACAGCAAUAGAAAUAGCUCACUCUUCACAACUGUUUGAUGAGGAUCAGCUGAUGAUCAAAUUAAAUGCUAAUGAUAAGGAAGAAACAGAAGCAUUUUUAGACCAUGAAUUAGGAGAGAUAGAAAAAGACAAAAAGCAACCAAGACCCUCCAGUGCAAGGAGGAGAAUGGGGUCUACAAAAUCUCUUAGAGGUGUCACUCAAAAAAUGGAAUAUGCUUUGGUAGUAGAUGGAAAAACACUUGCUUUCUGUUUGGAGAAAACACUUGAGAAAAAGUUUCUGAGGUUGACACAGAUGUGUAAAUCUGUUGUCUGCUGCAGAGCCACCCCCAUACAGAAAGGAUUGGUUGUCAAGUUAGUUAUGGACAAUCUGAAAAAACUGUCACUAGCAAUAGGUGACGGAGCUAAUGACGUGAGUAUGAUACAGACAGCAGACGUAGGAGUGGGUAUAUCAGGACAGGAAGGAAUGCAGGCUGUCAUGGCAUCUGACUUUGCAAUAUCAAGAUUUUGUUUCCUUCAAAAGUUAUUAUUGGUACAUGGUCAUUGGUGCUACACUAGACUAUCAAGAUUCUCUGCGUUUAUGUUUUAUAAAAGCUUGGUGACUGUGUUCUGCAUAUUUUGGUACCAGUUAUAUGCUGGUUGGUCGGGAGCAGUACAGUUUGACAGUAUACACCUGAUGUUCCAGCAUGUGUUAUAUACAUCAUUACCUCCAAUUAUCAAUGGAAUAUUAGAUAGGGAUUUAUCUGCUGAAACACUGCUGCAAUUUCCUACUAUUUAUAAAAUGGGUUCAGAGGAUCAAAUGUAUACCAGAAAAUCUUUCUUUGUGGCAGCUUUUGAUUCUCUGUACCAAAGUGCAAUUUUAUUUUAUUUGAAUUAUUUGGUGUAUACUGAUUCUGUAGCAGGUGUGUGGGAGUUUGGUACUACACAAACUGUAGGACUUGUAUUAAUCAUAUUAUUCCAUAAUGCUGUGGAAACUUUCUCAUGGAUUUGGCCUCAGUGGCUUAUCACUAUUUUAAGUUUCUUGGUAUAUUGGUUAUUUGCUAUUGUCAUCAAUGCCAUCUGGUUUUCAUUUGAUCAUCCGUCUAAUCCAUACUGGGUGAUGCAGAACACAAUGACACAACCCAUCCAUUUCAUCACUGUCCUCUUAACUUUGUUGACAUGUCUAUUACCAAGAUUUGUAGUUCGAGUGUUACAUAGGACGAUAAAUCCAGAUGAGAUUGUGCGUGCUCAAUUGUGGGAGAAGGAGCAGGAAAUGAUACACCUGAGAGAAAUGGAAGAAAGAUCUCUGAACGAAAAGGACGGAAAUGUGGCAAGUUGUAGUACUAGUCCUGAUAUCAUUGACAAAGAUACAAACGAUAUUAAUGGUCUUACCAAUAACAUCCCAGACUCUAAUCAUACGAGACAGAGGAACGGUGAUGUGACAUUCAGAAAUGGAAAGUCUCACGUAAAUUCUGGUUAUGAACAUACAGAAAUGUGAUAACUUCUUCACACAAAUCCAUUGAUGCCAUGUCUUUCAGUUUCUUUUUGUUUAUUUUGUACAUUUAUUUUUAACCAUUUCAUGAUUUCUUAACCUGUUUCACUGUGUUAAAUCAUGAAAGAUGUAUACUAUUAGGACAUGCAUCAUAUGUCAUAUAUAAAGUGAUAAAAACAUAGGUAUGGGAGAGAAGCUUUAAGCUUGUGUGUGCUGUUGUGAAUAUUGUUAAAAGUUUAAUUAAAUUGUGAUUCAGAUUUUUAAGUUGUAAAAUAGUUUUAUGAAUUAGAAAUAUAAAAAGUUAUCUUUUGCAAUUGUUGGAUAUUGCAAGAUAAUUUUUUAGCAGUAAACAAUCAACCAAAAGUUGUGAUAUGAAGUUUUCAUGUUUAUGAAUUUUAUAACUGUAUAUAUCAAAUUAUGAAAAUAUUAACUAUUGCUAAGCAAAAGAGGACAAAAUCAAUACGGUCUAACCUUUCAGGGUUGAUUUUAUUCCAGAAAAGAAAUGGAAUUUGAAUUAUUUUUCAAGCUAAAGCAAUUUGUGAAUAUACUUAAGGGGGAGGAUAAUAGCAGUCAUUUAAAAGCUUAAUGAAAUAAACAAGUGCAUGUGUCUGCAGUCAAAAAACAUCUGUGCAGUAAUUUGUAUUUAGGCUUUAGAAAGAUAAAAAAAAAUACGUAAAAUAUUUGCAAAAAAUAGGUUUCUGAUAUUUUAGGGCAUUAAUUCAUUCCUACAUAUUUUGUUAAUAGUGAUAGGAAUUACAAUAGUCAUAAUUAUAAGCAGCAUAAUAAAAUAUGAAUCUGAAAUCAAAACAUCAAAGAUACAGACAAAUUAAACAAAUCAUCUCUAUUCAUUUAAUGCAUACAAACUCAACUUAUCACUGUCGCUCAUGUUAUGCGUACAUUUAGUAAUUAUUUUGACAUUAUGUAAAAGAGGUAUUCACAAUUCUUGUAGUUUUUAGAAUAAAUAAAUCAGAAUAUAUUAAAAAUAUCAUUUUACUAUAAAUAUAGUCGUGUCUAGAAAUUUGUGAAAUAUUUAACAUAGGAUAUUCAGCAGCAAUUGUUUUCACCACCAGGGAAAGCAAUAAUUCCCAGUACUUCUAUAUGAGUUUUAAUGUAGACAAACUGUAGCUUUUAAUUGUAAACUGUUGAAUUCUUUAUCAUUUACACCAUUUUAUAACUAUUGUAAAGAGUAUUGUCCAAGGAUAAUAUGCUGUGAAAAUAAAAAUGAGCAUCAGAUUUACUUGAAAAUAAAAAAAAAAUCUCUUUAUUGAAUAAAAUUCACAUUUUCAGUUUUUACAAUAUAAACAUAAUAAAUGGGAGCUUCAAAUUACAAGUAUGAACAGUGAAAGAAAGAGUGAAAAGAACCAAAAAAAUAGGCAGAGAAGAUAAUUUUUGUUUUGAUUAAUAAAGGGGUUUGACUUUUCAUGACCCUGUAUCUUGGGUGCUCCAAGAGAGGAGGAACGUACUAUGAGAAGAAGAAUUGUAGACAUAUUUUGUUAUGCAAAUCAUAUCAGGAAUCCAGCCAUUAAUUGUGUUAGUGGCAUAUUUAAUGUUCUGUAAUAUUAUCAAACCAGUGAUUUGGGUUUUUGUGAUUAGUUUAUAAUUUUAUUUAAUUUAUUUGUAUCAUGUGAUGUGUCAUAUGAUUAACCAAAUGUUUCUUGUGCAGGUAUCAUGUGAUCUCUAUCAUAUAUUUAACCAAUAGAAACAUAGCUUACAUAUUUCAUUUAGUGCUAUAGUUGUGUGUAUGUGUGAGUUGUUAUAAAUUU